AUGACGCCACGUGGCAACAUGAAAAAAUCAAAUCAGUGGGGGUACUGCAGCGAUACUGUAGCGGGAUACUGUAGCGCUGACGUCAGCAGCCCUCGUUUUGGACCUCGGGCUGAAGCUGCCUUCGGGCCAGCCCGGGUUGGUGGGUCCCACACCUCCCCCGGGCUUGGGCUGCGUAGAGUCCUCAAUCCUGCGAAUGAGGCUCUAAAUCUAACGUAUGAGAGAACAAGCAUCCAGUACUAUUUUGUUGCACCUUCAAAUAUGACUGACCAACUGUUAUCAAUCAUCCUUGAAAAAAAGUUGGAAUAA